UUUUGCUGCGGUUCCUCCAGCUGUUUGCUCGGAUCUGAGGCUUGUUUACGUGGUGAAACCUAAAAACAUUCGGUGUGGCUGUGCUCGACUGGAACUACGACCCUGACCAAGCCGUUUUUUAUUUGACUGGAAGGCUGUGAAGAUGACUGAGUACAAACUGGUGGUGGUUGGUGCGGGUGGUGUAGGAAAGAGCGCCCUCACCAUUCAGCUGAUUCAGAACCACUUCGUUGACGAGUAUGACCCGACUAUCGAAGAUUCCUACAGGAAGCAGGUGGUGAUCGAUGGCGAGACGUGUUUGUUGGACAUCCUGGACACGGCUGGUCAGGAGGAGUACAGCGCCAUGAGGGACCAGUACAUGAGGACGGGAGAGGGCUUCCUCUGUGUCUUUGCCAUCAACAACACCAAGUCAUUCGAGGACAUCCAUCAGUACAGGGAACAGAUCAAAAGGGUGAAGGAUUCAGAUGACGUUCCCAUGGUGCUUGUGGGUAAUAAAUGUGACCUGCCCGCUCGUACAGUGGACACCAGGCAAGCACAGGAACUGGCCCGCAGUUACGGCAUCCCGUACAUCGAGACCUCGGCCAAGACAAGACAAGGGGUGGAAGACGCUUUCUACACGCUAGUGCGUGAAAUCCGGCAGCACAAACUGAGGAAGCUGAAUCCACCCGACGAUAACGGCCAGGACUGCCUGAACUGCCGCUGUGUGGUGUCAUGACCAAGUAAAUCACGUGAAAUGAAAGAGACUUUCGGAGGGGCGGUGCGGCUCCGACACUGCAGCGCUUCCUCUGAUCUGAUGUUAGAUGGCGAAACGGACCAGAAAACCCUAAACACUGGCACGAGUGGAUUCACGAGUGGGUUCAUGAGUGGACCCAUCGUCCACAUCAGAUCGCUGAGGGAGAACUUUGACUCUGCUUUGUACCAGAGAUUAUUUACCUCAAGGACUAGUCUAGACACUGGGUUUGCUGGACUGUGUUAAGGAUCGCCUGACUAAAAUAUAAUCACAAUAUCUACCCCCAACUGAAGACCAUAAAACAACCUCACGUUAUCACCUCAUCGGCUUUGGACUUUUGACCGAGAUACGACGGGAGAGUAGUUUUACUGCGACAUGAACGUAAUAAUGAUUAGAUUAGCUGAUGUGGAUUAGAGAUGUGAAAAUUAUAUGACGUGUAUGGGGUUUUAUUUGGUUUGGUAUGAUGUACAUAUAUGUUUACUGACCUCUUGUUUUUGAGCGGGAUUGUUUAUUGUGACUUUUCACUGAGAUUCUGAAGUAUCAGUGCAAUAGUUUAUUGCUGAUCCUGUGGAACAGUGAUAAGGGAACACGCCUCUUUAACAUUAUUCAUUUGCACAUGGCAUUAGACUGGGAUUAAGUUUAAGAGAUCAUAUGUGUUUGUGGGUUUUUCUUAGCUUUUUUAAGCUGCCUCGGGGUCGGGACCACAUGCGCCGCCAUCUGAAAUGCAAAUUGGUCAAAUGAUGAUGGAGUUUUGAGCAGAUAAACUUAUUCUAACAAAAUAAUACACCUUUUUGCUAUUCUGUUAUUUAAUUGGUGAAAAAUAAUAUGACACUCAUGACUAUUAGAAUAUCAGCUGUGUGAAAUGGUGCCUAUUUAAUGCUCUGUAUUAUUAGUUGUUAGUUGUCUCUGCUGCUGGCGGGCGUGUCUGAGCUUUGUUUGGGUUGGUGUUGAUAAAUAAAAACUCUUUAAAUCCCUCUUCUGAUUGGCUAAAUGCAACGCAGCGGCCACACUAAUUUGUAUAAAUCUGCACUUAAAGGUUUAACGUGACUCUUAGAUACGACCACAGUGUGAUUAGUGAUACGGCAUUUGGGGUGAGGAGUGGUGUGGUGGUGGGGCCGCUGACAUUUUGAGGUCAACACAGGUUUAACAGUUUGCUUUGCUAAAUUGCUUGUGUCGCAGAACCCAAUGGAAAAUAAACGUAAUAUUGCAUGUAAAAUUUUACAUUUCAAAAUGAAAGCUUUACAAAAUGCUUAAUCUGUGUGUUUAAGGUGGCAGUAAAUAAAUAUUUAGGUGGUCCACCUUAAAGUUACACUUUUAGAUGAAAACCCUUUGAUCAUUCUUUAUUAGUUUCAAUUUUAACGGAAAGAUGUCAGAAGAAAAUUAGUUGAAUUCUAUAAAAAAAUUAUAUUUAACUCGGUUUGUGUUUUUUUUACAUCAGUGAGGAGGAAUUUUAGCUCCACUGUUUAUGGAAGAUCUGUUUUAAAUCAGACACGCCGAUGGUUUCUGGGUCCGGAUCUUUUCUGGGUUUAAUUUAGGACACAGUCAGACUUAGACUAGGCUGCUGUUUCUGCAAUAUUGCUAGUUUGGAUUGUUGUCCUGCAGCAUAACCUGCCCAAUAACACCUCAGCUUCAGCUCACAGACAGAUGACCUUACAUGCUUUAGAAAAAAGAAUUGAGAGAGUGAAACAUAUCAAUCACUCAGUUGAUAAGCUUGUUGGCACAUGGCAUUAGCUGGGCUUUAAAUGCAAAUGUUCAUUUGUAAUGAUUUUUAUUAAUGGUUUUAAUUCAAAUGUCAGUGUCCACAGAAUUUGGGUAGGGCUUAGACGUGUAUACAUUGUGCCUGUAGGUUUUUUUUUAUUAUAUUAUUUUACACAGAGGGGACUGUGCCUGAAUUGCACAAACCUAAAGCACUUCUUUCCACCGUCACUGUGGUAUCCCUUCGCUCAGGGUGUGGGGUCGGAACAUUGUGGUUCGGUUUGGAGUCGCUUGAUUUAUUGUUUGACUUCCGAGGGUUGAGUUCUUUAUUUCAUUUGUCGUGCUGUACCAUGUGUUCAUGCAGUGCUGAUGAUGUUCACGAUUUAAAUGAUGACAUUAAAAUCAGAGGUCUGUUA